AUGCGCUUUAUCAUACUCUUGAGUUUCCUUCUUGCGUUCCUUGGACUUGUUCAACAAUCCAUUGCUGCCCCUGCAGGUGACGAUCAGCAAGCUCAGACCCAAGAUGUCCAACCAUCUGAUGGCAACCAAGCCGCCGAUCCUUCUCAAUUAUUCCCACCACCUGCUCCAUUACCUCCAUUCCCUCCUCAACCACCUUUCCCUCCAACCCUUCCACCAGGCACUUUGUUCCCUCCACCUGCACCCUUCCCUCCAUUCCCCCCACAACCACCUUUCCCUCCAACUCUUCCUCCAGGAACCUUGUUCCCACCUCCAGCUCCAUUCCCACCAUUCCCUCCACAACCACCUUUCCCUCCUCCAAUCCAAUGUUACUCUCCCCAAAGUCAAAUCCCCAAAUAUUGA